GCUUAGCAUUGUGACGUGAGGUUAUAUGCGCUCGUUUGCCCGUUAUCUACACAAAAAUGUGAUUUACGUAAAUACGACGGAAGAGCAAUUAAGCCAGCAUAUGUUCAUUAAUCGUCAAUCAAAGUAGAAUUUAUCGCGGAGCAUAUCUCGUUCACCGAGAUUUUACGCACAAAUGUCGGCGAAAGGUGAUGGACCAUGGAACACACUCGCAACAAAGGAUGAUGCCACAUCGUCGGCGUUUGAUCCAAUUGAACAUCAACACAUGAGAUAUAAUCCAUUAAGAGGGGAAUGGGUGCUGGUGUCGCCACACCGUAUGAAGCGACCCUGGGGAGGUCAAAUAGAACCCAGUGCAGAUGAGGAGCUUCCAGAUUACGAUCCCAAAAAUCCCCUUUGUCCAGGAAAUGUUAGAGCUAAUGGAGAAGUAACCCCGCUGUACCAAAACACGUUCUCGUUCGUAAAUGACUUUCCUGCUUUAUUGGAAUCGGUGCCGGAUCCACCGAAACCGAAUGAUGAAUUGUUUCAAAUGGGAUCCGCUAAAGGUACCUGCAAAGUGAUGUGCUUUCAUCCGAAGUCGAAUGUAACAAUAGCGCUGAUGAAGAUUCACGAGAUCAAGGAAGUGAUCAAACAGUGGAUUUUUGAGAUGUUGGAGCUGGGUGAGAAGUGGACCUGGGUCCAGAUAUUUGAAAAUAGAGGUGCUCUGAUGGGUUGUAGCAAUGCACACCCUCACUGUCAGAUAUGGUCCAGUUCGUUUUUACCGAAUGAAAUUAGAAUAAAAGACGGAUAUCUCGCCGACUACUAUGAGCGUAACAAGAAACCUCUUCUCAUUGAUUAUAUGCAGAAAGAAGUUCUAAAGAAAGAUCGCAUUGUAAUAGAGAAUCGUGAUUGGGUAGUCGUAGUACCGUUCUGGGCAGUUUGGCCAUACGAAACUAUGGUAUUACCAAAAAAACAAGUGGCCAGAAUGCAAGACUUGUCUGACAGCCAGCAAGAAUCUUUAGCUGUCAUUAUGAAGAGAUUGUGUACGAAAUAUGAUAAUCUCUUUAAUUGCUCUUUUCCAUAUUCGAUGGGAUGGCACGGCGCUCCUACGGGUCUAUAUCAACGUGAUUAUCCGUACUGGACCUUCCAUGGAAUGUAUUUUCCACCUUUAUUACGAUCUAAUACCAUAAAGAAGCAUAUGGUCGGCUAUGAACUUUUAGCUCAAGUACAGAGAGACCUAACACCGGAACAAGCAGCAGAAAAAUUGAGAGAUUUAUCAGACUCUCAUUAUAAGCAUCCGGAAACUAGUCUAACUGUGGAGGAAAUAGAAAAAUAUUCAAAUUAAGUAUAUAUGUAAAUAAAAAAUAUAUAUUUUUUCAACAGCUGUA